AUGAUUGAGUGGAGGGUUAAGAUGGGUGGAGAAAAAGCGACUUGGAUGUUGUUAUCUGCCAAUUGUCUGACACUCGUUGCCUUCCAACCUCUAACUUAUCUUCCCAGAAAAACAUGUUUUCGUUGCUUCACCUGUUAUCCUGUAUAUAGAACUGCGCGGGUGCUUAACUCACACUUCCUUUUCUUUACACUUUUACGUUGUCAAUCAGAGCUAUCCGACGAAAUACCUGCAGAAAAGCCUUCUCUCAUUUAUCAGAAAAGAAGAAUACCUAAGAAACCUGUAGAACCUCGUGUCUAUCUUCCUUUUAGUGAAGCAGAAGAUGCCUUUCUAUUGCUCUGUUAUGAACGAUAUAAGUAUUCCUUUAAAGAAAUUGCCGUGCGUCUAAAGAGAGAUGAUGCAAGCAUAAGUACGAGAUAUGGAUAUCUAUCAGAAGCCAGAAAGAACAAACCUUUUACCCCUGAAGAGGAUGAAAGGCUAAGAAAUAGAGUGCAGUCGUUCACAGGUGCCGUUCCUUGGAAAGAACUGUCCAAGGAGUUUGAUAAUCGACCCUAUGAAGUGCUCUAUAGAAGGUAUUUUGAUAUCUUGGAAGGUCUGAAGGAUUACAGUCCUUGGACUCCUGAAGAAGACCAAAAGCUAUUGCAACUAGUAGGAAAGUGGGGUCAUCAAUGGACUUUUAUCUCUCGUUCCCUUCCAGGAAGAACACCUUAUCAAUGUUUUUAUCAUUAUCAUUGGGCAAUAAAACCAGGGUUAAAGAAAGGAGAAUACAGUCCCUAUGAAGAUGAAAUAUUGUUGAAGUAUUAUGAAAAGUUGGGUCCCAAGUGGAGCAAGAUUCGCAAGUUUCUUCCAUGGCGUGCCGGAAGUAGUUUACAAAAACGUUGGCGCCAUUUAUUUAACUUAAAUAGGACUCGAAACUUUGGUUUGUACACAGAACAAGAUGAUCAGUUGCUCCUUAAGCUUUUUUCGAAAUAUGGAAGAAAAUGGACCAAAAUUUCUGCAGAGUUCAAAACGCGAAGUGAAAAACAGUUGAAAGGAAGAUUUGAUAAACUGAAGCAAGUGAUAAAGAUACCUGAAUUGGAGUGGACACCUGAAAAAGAUGAAAAAUUGUUAUACUAUCAUAGAAUUUAUCAUAAAAACUGGUAUUAUAUAUCACAAAGGAUGAUUUAUUUUGGUCCGAAAGAAUGUGAGGCAAGGUAUGUAGAAAUUUAUUUUUGUGACCUGAUAAUACCACAUUCCACAGAGUGCAAGAACUUUUGUCCAAGGAUAACGGAAAGCUUCAAGAUGCUCAUGGUGAAGAUUUAGGCAGCUCACUAUCCACUUCUUCAGAAAUGGAACCUCGAAAAGUAGAUGGCAAUGUCGACAACUGAAUAAAGUCCAUUUGUUUAAG